CUACAGGAAUAUGGGUCACGGAAUGCAUCACACCGAUCCUUCUCGACUUUAAAAACUCAAGAGUGGAGUAGUUCCUAGAUAAUGUAUUGUUUUCUGCGUGUACUGCUUCUUAUUGCUACGAGUACGACCUCCGUUUCAGAAGGGAAGAGUAAGAAACUAUGCAAUGUCGUACCCAAAGAUCCAUACAUCCAAGUGGGAUCUGAUACUCAGAUAGUGUGUGAGAGCUUCUGCGUGCACGGUAGCGUGUACUGGACGGUGGACGGAGUAGUCUUGGACGACAGCUGGAUGAGCACCAUCAACUCCACACAUAGCAUCGUGUCCCUGAGGAACGUCACGCGGCGCAAAGCCACGGUGCAGUGCCACCGCGACCAUACCAGGGACGUACUCGGAGGCACCAUCGUCAGGACAUACUCAAAACCCAGCAAAGUGGUCUGCAUCUGGCACUAUAGAAACGGAUCGUCGGGAGGCGUACCCGAGCUUUUCACGUGCACAUGGGAGCAACUUGCCGAGGCCUCUGAGAAAAUCAACUACACCGUACUGAUCUCUCGCUCAAACACUUCCCAAUGGGAAAUCUGCAGCAGCCAAAACUUACAAACAUGCACGUCGGAAGAUGUGCACCUGUCGGGUUACGUGACUCUGGUGGGCAACCACAGCGUGACAGUGAGAGCCAAAACCAAACAUUGGGAGGUCUACUCCGACCCUUAUGAAUUUAACCCCCAUCACAUAUUGCAAAUUAGAUGUCCCAAGUUGAAUGUCCAGGCCUUGUAUGGUCAUCUACUGGCUAAGUGGACCACAUCCACAUCCUCAAAUAAACACUACUGUCAAGUUAAAUAUAACCAGGAGGUGCUCAAUAAAACUUUAGAACCCGGAGAAAAGGGAAAUAUGACCAUCGAAAACGUAAAGUCCUGCACUUAUUACAAAGUUUCAGUCCGCUGCGCUUGGGACAAAGCUCCGUGGAGCGAAUGGAGCCAAGAGAAAACUGUUUUGAGCCAACUCAAUAAGAACGAUGUCAAGCUGCGCCUGUGGAGGAAAAUAAGAGAAUCAUACAAAAAUGGCACAAGAACAAUUGAUGCCAUGUGGACGGAGAUCCCGUCAGCGUGCCAAGGCACAUUUACAUAUUUUAUCCAAGCGUCUGCCAACAAGGAACGCGGGAUGCAAGUAUGUGAGAAGUCAACGCGUGCUCUUCUUGUGAAUCAAGAGGCACACAAAGUAGAGCUUAAAGUCUUUCGCAACGGGGCCUUGCUGGCAGAGGACUCGGUUUAUGUUCCAGCUGCUGGAGAAACUGACCUCCCUCAAGUUGCAAACAUGCAAACUUCAAGCCGCAAAGGUGUUAUUUUGAUCAGCUGGGACGCUCCUUCUCAGUUUGUCAGGGCUUACAUGAUCGACUGGACCCACGAUGGGUGUCGCUACCACUGGAAGGAAAUCAAUUCCACCAGCACUCAACUGUCGGGUCUUCUGGCUAAUAAGCCGUAUAACGUCACCGUCACGCCGCUGUUUGGCGACAAGACGGGUCUCGGCACGCGGGCCUUGCGGAUCUGCUCAACGGUCGCAGCUGCCGCCAAUUUCUCCACCAUCAAGGUGAAGGUGAGUGACAAAAGCGCCCUUGUGAGUUGGGAUAUGCAGCGGAAGGAUGUUUGCAGCGGGGUGAUUGUCCACUACGUUGUUUCCUAUGGAACGGGCCACGGAGCCAACCUCAAUGUCACAGUGAAUGCUACAAAACGGGAGAUUCUUUUGAAGGAUUUGAUUCCUUACUCCCAAUACAGCGUGUGUGUCAAGGCCGUAGCACUAACGGGGGCUAGCGAAAGCAACGUCAGGCAUUUUAAUACCAAAAGAUUUGAUCCGAGGUUCGUCACUCAACUUUGCGUUAUCGGAAGCAUCAUUAUAGUCCUUGUGUUAUCUGCGGGGUUAUGCUGCGCUAUACAGUACAGGAAAUUCCUGCAGGAGCCCCUUCCGAACCCAGGCCUCAGUUCCGUUGCGCUGUGGCCAUCAGGAGGCCAUCAAAAGGGUUUGUUCCUUUUUCGGCAAUCCAACUAUUCACCCGAAACCAUCUGCACCCUUGAUCCCAACCGAGAAGAAGACAGCGGCUCUGUUUUUACCGUAAAGCCUGACGCACACGACGAGAGGCCGUCUGAACCCGAGGAGACGGGGACUCAGUCUCCUUCUAGAGAAUGCACGACGUUGCUCUCUGAAAGCAGCGGUCAAUUAAGCUCGUACCGGAGCCAGGGUUCCGUCAAAAGCCCCACUCGUAGUACUGAGAAAGAAUGUCAGACUCUGCUUUCAGACAAGCAUGAGCAGCUGACAGCAUCGCUAGCUAUGUAUGUUACUGUGGAUAUGUUUGAGCAAGACCAGGACGGGUGAGAAAAAAUGGAAACAUCCCAUAAUAUACAGUCAAGCAACUACGGUAUAAUCUCAUUAUGUGUGUGCAUGUUGAAAUGCAUCCCGAAUUGAUACAAAUGUUGUACAGAAAUAAAUAUCUUAUGCAUGAA